AUGGCUGUCCUGAAUUUCACGCUCAGCGAAGAUGCCGUCGCUGCUCUCCGCGAGGUCCUCACCUGCCUAAACAAGUUCAGCGACGAAGUCUCUCUGGAGGCAAAGAAGGAUCAGCUGCUUUUAUCUACCCUCAACUCAUCAAAGUCAGCCUACGCCUGCUUCACCCUGGCUACCUCCCGCUUCUGCUCUCGGUACCAGUUCGAGGGCACUGCACAGUACCGCGAGAAGUUCUAUUGCACGCUAUACACCCGUGCUCUCAUCAACAUCUUCCGUAGUCGCGGCGGCGGUGAUCCCAGCAGGGACCGCGAGAGGGAGACGUCGAUCGACCGCUGCGAUGUGGCAAUUCAAGAUGGCCCCGGCGUCAAGAGCCGUUUUAUAGUCAAGCUCUUCUUCAGGAAUGGCAUCACAUCUGAGCACAGAUUGUCUUUCGAAGUCGCUGUGCCGGUCCGAGCGACCUUUGACAAAAACGAGGCCGUACAUCACUGGAAGAUCCCCUCGAGAACCCUGAGGCAGCUCAUGGAGCACUUCGGCUCCGGCAUCGAUUAUCUGGAGGUCGUAUCAGAUGGAGAGCACGUCAACUUUAUUGGCACGGCGGAGAAAACCAGCGCAGACGAGGUUCUCAAGAAACCACUCCACACGUCAAUCGCCAUUGAGAUAGAAGAAUUCGAAGACAUCGAGGUCGAUGAGCAGCUCCGCAUCGUCAUCAGCGUCAAAGACUUCCGAGCCAUCAUCCAGCACGCCGGCCUCGCUGGCAGUUCGCUCUCCGCCAAAUACUCUGCACCGGCCCGGCCAAUCCAGUUCGCAUACCAAGGUGAUGGCAUCAACUGCGAGUUCCUUCUCAUGACAGUCGGGGAGAGGGGCAAUCCGGCGCAGAAAACGAAGAAGGGCAGGGCCGGUAGCAAGGCCCCGCAGAGACCACAGCAGCAACUCGAGGCGGCCGCUGGAUCCAGGAGACAGAGCGCCGCACCGUCAGAGCCGCCUGAGCAGCCCGUUGCGCACAGCAUGCCGCCACCGCCAGCACCACCGGCGGCGUCUGCUGCGAGGAGCGGGGUGGCGAGAACUUCGUUGUUUGAUUUGCGGCCAUCUCAGCGACCGCCUCCCGCUACUAUGCGCUCCGAGGGGUUGUUCGUGGAUGAUGAGACCGCUUGGGAACCAGUGCGGGAGGAAGACGAGGACGCAGAGGAGGAGGCUAGGUUGGAGUGGGAUCACAGCAACCAACCCAACCAAUCUUUUAUGCACUUUGGCCGUCCCGUUGCCGAAGAGAACGGAGAAGUCGACCCGACACCUGCCAGUAGCGAAGGCUUGGCACCCACGCAACCACUUUCCGAUGUCAGACGUCUCGGGUUGUUCUAUCGGGAGUAA